GGACGCGCGUGCGAGAGGGGAGUGCGGACUCGGGAGCGCGCACCCGACAACAUGGCGGCGCUGUGAGCUACUUGUUGGGAGCAAUAACUGGGUACUUUCCAGCGAAACACUGGAGUUACGGGAGACGGCUUGGUGUCUGUUAUAACCGGAAAAGUCAACAGAAAUACAACUGCAUAACCGAGGCCGCCCCACAAAAUAAAGCACCACCCGCUGCCUGCCGAGGCUAUGGAUUUUGGAUUGGCGCAUAUACAAGAGGAAGUGCCGCUUAUGUUUUUGAUGCUGUCGUCCGUCAUCUGGAGUUCAAGACAAAUUCAUUGCUAAACGCUACCAUGCCUCAGAGCAGAGGAAAGGAAGCUAUAGUAAGAGGAAGCUGAUGUAGAGACUAACGUUUAAAGAAGAGGAGGAAAACAGCCUUCGUUACAGGACAGUUCUGUGUAAGAGCUGCCGCCAUUAUGAAGACCAAUAUGAAAAGAACAGCAAAAGGAUCUUUUAACUGGGAUGAAUACUUGAAGGAGACUGGCUCUGUGGCUGCACCCUCUCAUUGUUUCAGACAGUUCAGGACUCCACCAAGCAAUGAUUUUAAAGUUGGCAUGAAACUGGAAGCCCACGAUCCCCGAAACGUUACCUCUGUGUGUAUAGCCACUGUUAUAGGGAUAACAGGAGCUCGGCUGCGAUUACGACUGGAUGGAAGUGAUGAUAAGAAUGACUUUUGGAGGUUGGUGGACUCUGCCGACAUACAGCACGUUGGUACCUGUGAGAAAAAGGGAGAUAUGCUCCAGCCCCCUCUGGGAUUUCGGAUGAAUGCAUCCUCUUGGCCAAUGUUUCUAUUGAAAACUCUAAACGGAGCUGAGAUGGCCCCAGCGUCGUGCUUUAAAAAGGAACCACAGAAACCAUCUCAAAAUUUCUUCAAGACUGGAAUGAAAUUGGAAGCUGUGGACCGAAAAAACCCGUACCUAAUCUGCCCAGCUACAAUUGGUGAUGUGAAAGGUGACGAAGUAUUUAUUACGUUUGACGGAUGGAGAGGCGCAUUUGAUUACUGGUGCAAAUAUGACUCGCGGGACGUCUUUCCGGUUGGAUGGUGCAGCUUGACUGGAGAUUCAUUGCAGCCACCGGGAAACAGUGUGUCUGUCUUCAAGAACACAAGUAUUUCUGCAUCGCCCGCAAAGGUUGGCAGACGCUCAAUGCAGUCCCCUCAGAAACCCGCAGCGGCCCAGAAAGGGAGAAAACCUAUGGGCAAUAAAGCUCCGGGCCCGGCGGCUACUGCGCCGAGGAGAGGAAAGCCUCCGAAAAACGCUGCAUUAGCAAGAAGUGCACUGUCUGCUGAAAGCCUCAAAACUAGGAGGAAGGGAUUAAAGCCAGGGAGAAAGAAAGAAAACACAUUACAUUCUCCUCUACCUCCUGCCAACUCUGCCGAUAUCGGUAAAUCUCACAUCGUUAAAGAAGGGGGUGGUAUGAUGGGGUCCUCCACAACUGUGAUCUCUACAGUUUGCGUUUAUGUUAACAAGCACGGGAACUCUGGUCCCCAUCUCGAUAAGAAGAAAGUGUUGCAGCUUCCGGACCAUUUUGGGCCUGGUCCAGUCAACGUUGUCUUGCAGCAGGCAGUGCAGGCGUGUGUGGACUCUGCCCACCAUUGUAAAGUAGUCUUCAACUUCCUGAAGCCUGGUCAUCACGGAGGAGAAGUAAUAACGGCUUCCUUUGACGGGGAGAAGCAUUCUGUUUACCUGCCACCCGUGAACAGCGCAUCGUUUGUUCUGCGCUUUCUGGAGAAAUUGUGCCACAGUCUGCAGUGCGACAAUUUAUUCAGCAGCCAGCCCUUUAGUCCGUACAUGGCAAGGACACACAGUCCAGUAGACUUCGACAGAAGCAAAUCCACAAAAGAAGAAAUGGCUGACAGGAGCAACAAGAGGUAUCCACAAGAGUCUCCCCCUUACACAGCUCCACUGUCCCCGAAGCUACCCAGGACAGACGCACAUCCUACCGAAGCAGAAACAUUACCAGCAGAGGAAAAUGGCACUCCCAAAGAUCAUGGGUAUUCUGAGGAGUCCAUGGACUCUGCCCUAAACAGUGUAAAUCCUCCCAGCCCAGCCCAUCGGACCACAGCAGAGUUUCGGAGCGGGGGCAGCACACCCACGUACUACAGAACCUCUCUUCAGUCGGUGACUCCUACCUCAAAUGCUGCUCCUCUUCUUCGGAGGUCUUCAGUCUCAGCAGGCAACGGCUGUCUCUACGAUGCCGGCAGAAACCGGAUGCAACGGAGGAUAGAAGUGGCUAGUUCAACGACAGGACCUGAGCUUCAGUCCCCAGACCGAGAUACUUCAAGAGUAAACAGUAAAGAUCCAGCCACCUGGACCGUGGAUGAUGUCAUGCGCUUCGUUAAGGAAGCAGAUCCCCAAGCCUUGGCUCCUCAUGCAGAAUUGUUCAGAAGACAUGAAAUCGAUGGGACUGCUCUCUUGUUGCUUAAAAGUGACAUGAUAAUGAAGUACAUGGGCUUGAAGCUAGGCCCGGCCCUGAAGCUCUGCUACCACAUCGAAAGACUUAAGCAAGGGAAGUAUUAGAAGAAGGCCGGCAGCCGUGCUGAACUUUCACAGGAUUUACCUCUCUGUUUCAUGAAACCCAGGUUUCAUCCAAGCCAUCAUCUCUGAUAUGCCUCAGUUUGCUACAAAAAUACCUCCUCUGUACAGUAGUGAAGAUGCUACAUAUGUAAAGUAUUUUUUAUGAACUUCACUAUUCUUGUAUUAUAUAAAGUUGAAGGGGUGCUCGUGGAUGUUUAAAAAAAGAGACUGAUCCGUUGCCUUUGUGAGCACUGCAAGAUCAAGAAGAUGCGUGCUGUACACAGACCGGCACAGUUGUUGUUUUUGUAACCAAAAGGCUAAAUCCCAAAGCAGCGUGUGUCGUGAAGUGGAUGAAAAGAGAGAAUAAGUUCAAGGCCAGGAUUGCAAAUGAAAUGUUUAGAGAAGCAGCAGUCGAUCUUACGUCCGCAUUUAAAGUAACAUUGGCAGCUACUCUUUGUGUCGUGACAUCUAUUUUUCUUUUUCAAAGCCUGGAGCUUUUUUUUUUUUUUGAGGGGGGGCAAUCCCCCUACAUUCCUGAGAAUAAUAGACUUUGAAGGUUUAAUGCAGAUGACAAGUUCCUAAAGCGCAAUUGUAACGUGGGCCAAAAAAGCCUUUACAUUUCUGAAGGGAUCUCGGAGCAUACCUUUGCAUUGAAUAGCUAUGGGUUGUGUUUUUUUUCUUCACAGGUUGUUGGUUUUAGUUCUGGAUGAAGCAGUCUUAUCAAAUUCCUGUCUGUGAGCAUAAUAAGUGGCAAGUCCAUGAGUGUUCCCUAUAUUAUUAUAUUUCAGCUUUAGUCUGCUUAUCUCUGGAAUCCAUUGCCUUGUUAACCAGUCCAGUAUUGUCGGCCCAUCUCCGUCUCAAUCCUCCUCGUUGCCUUCAGAAGAAUAAACAAAAUCAGUA